GAUGGCGGAGGCUGGGCCCUCAACUUCGAGCAUCGACCGCCCCGUCACGCCUCCGUCUCCGCCUCGCAGACCCUCGCGCAUCCGCUUUCCGGCGGACCAAACCAAUGCAGACAGCAGACAGUACGGCAGCUUUCAGACACUGGGCUUGGGACCUCCUCCUAUUCUAUCAAGUUCUCGGAAUGGAAACAACGACGGCUCUCUCAUAUUCAAGCUGGACGACAAGCGGCGGCGCGUUAGGUCGGUAGACGGAGUGGAAGGGCUCGAACAACCUCGCGCAAAGGACGGGCAUAUAGGCAGUUCAUUGUCAAGGAGAACAGUUAGUCUUAGCAGGAGGGGAGACCAGCGCGACAAGUUUGUCAAGGCAGUCGGUAACGGGUUGACCGAGGCCUUCUCUGACGAGUAUGAUCUAUCACGCGAAGACCCGGCUAUUCUGGAGGACGUCCAACGAGCCUUGCGGCUGAAGGCGCGUCGUGAGGCGCGUCUCAGGAGCCUUCAGUCCAGCCCUGCCCAGGGCGAAUAUCGCGGCAGCCCGGACAUUGCAUCACUAUCUUCUGUAUCCGCAACCUCAUCGCCUCUUCGGGGGCAAGGCGUCACUGCACAUGCAUUUCCACGGCAAACUGAGCUCCCAGGUGAUUCCGAAGUGGACUUCAGCCCUUCCGUUGGGACCGCGCCCUUGCAUCCUGUCCCAUCCUCUUCUAACGGUGGCGCCACACUCGACUGGGCGAUCCCUCCUCCCGAGGAUGCUAGGGAACGGCGGUGGUCUAUCUCUAUCACCAAACGCAAGGGUAAGGAAGCGCCUCUAGCCUCCAAGGACUUGGUUGAGAAGCAAGAAUCUAUCUAUGCGGACAAACUUCAGCAGAUACGCUCUCGAGCGAAACCACACACACUCCGGAAAGCUACGAUCACAAGUGACCAACUAGAGCGGAAGUACCAGGCCUUGCUGCCCCGAGGGAAGAAUCCUGGCGCAAACCUCUAUGAUGUGACGCGGUGGUACCGCAAGCAGGACGAUACCGUCAAGGCGACUCUUGACAAGAUGGAGCCUUCGACUUGGAUGAAACACCUGUGGGACAAACAUGGCGCCCCGAAAGCUGGCAACUCGGCUUGGUCCCCCACUGCACUGGUCAUGGAGGAAUACGUCAAGUCGCAUGCGACUCCUCACACUAUGUCUACCAUUCCCGAAGACGAGGUCGUACUGCCAGCGUCUCCGGGGACUCCUUCGUUCACCGAGGCGCGCUCACCCUCGACCAGCACCUACUCAUGGACAUCCCCUCGCAACUCCCUCGAGCCAGCUAUAUCGCGGAAGAGGUCUUCAUAUGACGCCCAAGUAUCGUUCGAACCCCUUGUCGAGUCCGGAAGGGAGUCCGUUGGUCCGCGGUCGAGGCACAGUAGCGAAGGCUUCAGCAGGAACUGGCGAAGUCCUGCUACAGGUGUCGACUCUGCGCGUAGCUCGCUAUACAGCCUCAUUUCCAAGGGCGCCUCGCCGAACAGUAGUCGCAAGCAUUUGCGCGGCUUCGGCAGGCGACUUGGUCGUCGGUCCAGCGACGACAACCUUUCAUCUGCUCGGAACUCUGCCUCCGAGGGUCACAGCGCUUCGGAUGAUGGUCAUUACGGACACCAGAAGAUGGCUACUAUCAGGCCGAACAGCAGGCCAACCAGCCUCAACCUGCAGUCUGGAGACGAGCGCUCCCCUUUCCCGAUGGACAGCAUGGAUGCGAAGCCGUCAGAACACGAUACCCUCCGCGCGGACGAGCCUCCAACCGCGACGCAGAGUACCACCAUAUUUACUAGUGCGCCUGGUCAGACUCCGGGUCCCGAUGAGGACGCACCCACGCAAACGCGGCUACCCCGUCGCCGUUUUCGGACAUCUUUACCUUCGUCUAGGGAUCUUUUUGUACGCGAACGGGAGAAGCAGCGACGUGCGGCAGACGAGCAGAAGGAACGGGAAGAGUACGAGAUCAAAGCCCAGGUCUUGGAGGAUACUAUAUCACAGAACUACCGCAUUCGACAUCUCCUUCAACGCGUUUCGGCCAGUGCUCGCGAGUACGACUCUGUGCAAAGCGUCCUGUCAGAUCUACUGCGGAUACCAUACCCCAAGAUACCCCCAGAGGUCAUGGACGCGUUUGUGCACGACCCAGCCGCUGUUACUGGAGCGACCCGCCGCGUCAAGGGCUGGGAGGCGGUCGAGGACAUCCACGUCCGCAUUCAGCGACAGCGAGAGACGCUGCAGUCUUUCCUACACGCGCACGAUAUUGGCUGCGACCCUGCCGAAUGCACCGGCAACGUGUUCGACGACCAGAUCGCGACUGCUAUGCGGGCUUUAGAGCAGCUCGGGUCCCAGCGCGAAGCUCUUGCACAGAAGGCGGAAGAAGUCACUUCUCUGCUGAAGCGAGUCAAAGCUGUGCACGCGACAGUGAAGAAGGACUAUAACGACACGCUUGCCCAUACGUCGUUGGUAUAUCCCGAGUUGUCGCAGCUCGCCGCUCUGGAAGAGAACUACCGGAACCAUUAUCAGCAGUUCUGGGACUUCGGGCUGGACGCGCUCACGCUGCUCCUCGAUACCGUCACCCCGUUCUGGCGCAACUAUGGCAAGGUGAUCGGCGAAGACGUGCAGGACUUCCUCAUCAUCCCCUGGUACCGCAACGAGUUCACGGGCGAGCCCAAGCGAUACCUUAUCGAGCGCUUUCCACGUCGUUCGUUCCGCCACUGGGUCGGCCUCCUCUUCCUCUCCUUCCUCAGCGUCGCUAUCACAUUCCUCCAGACGCGUUUCGCUGCGUCUCUUACCAUGGC